CAGCACAAGAUGAUUGCCACGAAUCGGGUCGUCACCACCCAACUCGUGGCAAUCUUGUCCUGGGCUUGACGAAUAAAACUCUUAGACCUAUUAACAGUCAGGUUUACUCUUCUUUUUGUUGGUAAAACAUACCAACAAAAAGCUGGUUGUCCAGAAAUACAUCAAAUAAAAAGAGAGAUUAGUGCUGCUUUUUUGGUGUUAAAAAGUUCAUGCUUUUAUGUUAUUAACACACUUGUUUCAUUAGAGAUUCUAAAAAUAAAAAAUAGUCUAGUUCAAAAAUAAAAGUGAUGCGUAAUUGACGUAAAAAAAAAAUGAAAUCACACGUAUAAUUUGUCUAAUUUAGGAAAACCGACGAUAGUAUUUUUUCACGUAACAGUUAUGGGAUUAGAUUCCAUUAACGAAGGUUCGAUGACUUUUGCAGCGGAUGUAUUUUUCGCCCAAACGUGGGAAGAUAACAGAUUACGUCUUCCCGAAAAUAUGACGUCGGAAUAUAGAUUAAUAGAAGUGGAAUGGUUAAAGAACAUGUGGAGACCGGACUCUUUCUUUAAAAAUGCUAAGCAAGUUACAUUUCAAACGAUGACAAUACCUAAUCAUUAUAUUUGGCUCUAUAAAAAUAAAAGAAUUUUGUAUAUGGUGAAGUUAACGUUGGUUUUAUCGUGUUCGAUGAACUUUGCAUCUUAUCCUCACGAUACUCAGACUUGCUCCCUUCAAAUGGAAAGUCUGUCUCACACUACGGACGACUUGAUAUUCGAUUGGGAUGCCGAUCUUCCUUUAGCAGUUGCCGAUAAUAUCGAAUUACCACAGCUGGAUCUGGUAAAAACCGAAAAAGCCGAUUGCACUCAAGUUUAUUCUACAGGUAACUUCACUUGCUUGCAAGUGAUAUUUACGCUAAAGAGGCGACUGGGAUACUAUCUCUUUCAUACAUACAUUCCGACAUGUCUGAUCGUCAUCAUGUCGUGGGUUUCGUUUUGGAUUAAACCCGAAGCGGUACCCGCUCGAGUCACCUUAGGUGUAACUUCUCUUCUUACACUUUCUACUCAACACGCCAAGAGUCAAGCAUCUCUUCCACCCGUAUCUUACAUCAAAGCUAUCGAUAUAUUCAUGUCUUUCUGUACCGUUUUCGUUUUCUUGUCACUCAUGGAGUACGCUCUGGUCAACGUCAUUUUAGAAGAAUCGGAUAAGAUAACAAAAUACGAAGAAGAAAGAAUUUCAAACUUCCGUCCCAAGAUCAAUAAUCAGAAUCGGAUGUUGAGACAACGCCAGAAAGCCAUUUUGGUAGAUCGUAUAUCGCGCGUAAUGUUUCCUUCUAGUUUUAUCAUACUGAACGUUACUUAUUGGUUAUAUUUUGUAGUACUAUACGAAUAACUUCGUAAAUUUAAAAGAAUAGUUUUCAAUCUAUCGACUAGAAGUACACGGGGUGGCCCAAAAGUCGGGUAACCGCGCUUUUCAAUCAAAUUCGACAAUUUGCAACUGUAUCGGAGUAUGAAACCAGAAAGAUCUUAUUUCGUACGAUGUUUUUGUAAAACAUGCAAGCUAUAAAGUAGUGGAAUAAAGCUGGAUUCACACUAUCAGACACGUAACCACACAAUGCAACAAAAUUUGUCAAUUGCUUUAGAGGUGAUUAACCUUAAGACGACAAUUUAGUCUUUACAUUGGCUAGUCGACUUUUGGACCACCACAUAGUUUUUUUUUUAAAAAUAAAGUUCUAUAUUGUGCAA